AUGCUCUUCCAAAACACCAUCUUCGCUAUUCUGGCUUCGGCCUCCUUCGUUGUCGGUGUAGCCUUCCCCAACAACGACAAGCAAACAACCACAUGCUCUGCUGUCUACUCAACCAAGACCAAGACAUAUGAGACGAAGAGCACCUACUACGAGACCAAGACUGACACCAAGCCCUAUCCCGCCACCAGCACGAAGCUCACUACCUCUACCUCGACGUAUCCCUACACCACUACUACCAAAACAUACUACGAGACCAAGACCUACACUGACAAGGUUCCCGUCACCACUUACACUUACAAGACCAAGUACGAGACCAAGACCAGCACAAAGGUUGAGACGGACAAGAGCACCUCCACCGGCUACUCCUACAAGCCCGUCACAGGCACCGUCUAUGUCACUUACACCUCCUACAAGACCACGUAUGAGACCAAGACCAAGGAAACCAAUGUCCCAACCACGAAGUAUGAGACCGAGACUAAGACUGUCUGCACGACCAAGAAGGGCGGCUACUAA